AUGACUCGACAGAUCGUUCUCCGCCACCCCUCAUCGGUGAACAGGAGGCAGCCGCUUCUGGCGAAUAAGUCGUCGCGGUUCUCGUCGUCGUGCGCCGUCGUGGGCGGCGGCGGCGGAAGGGGAAUAGGGGAGGUGGUGGGAGGGACGACGGCGGAGUGUGCGGCGGUGUGCUGUUGCUGUCCAUGUGCGUUGGUGAAUUUUCUGGUGCUGACUAUGUAUAAGUUGCCGGCGGGACUUUGUAGAAAAGCGCUUCAGGAAAAGCGGCGACGUAGGCUUACGAAGAAGGGGAUUUUGCCGCAGAGAAGUUGUAGGUGUGAUUGUGGGUGUGAUGAUACGGAACUGCAAAUACAUCCCAUCGCCGUUGAUAUGUCGCCGGCGGCGGAUAAGCAGGUGAAAUCGUUGCAGACUGAUAAGGAUGUGCUUAAGUUGGAGAAGGAGAUGUGGGAUAGGUUUUAUGCUACUGGCUUCUGGAGAAGUCCUUCUCAGAGAUACAAUCCUUAA